AUGCGGUUUUCAUACCUGUUCCAGAACUGUCCCAAGUGUAAAAGAUUAAGACCACUGGUGAGGAUGGGGACAAACAUAGAUUACUCCUUCAUCAUUAGUAGAAACAUAAAAUCCUUGUCAAAAAUCAAUUGUCAGGACUUUGUAGCUGAAUAUCACAGAAUAGAGAUCUGCUACAUAAAUGCCCUGAAGGAGACUAUUUUAGGACAAACUGUCUUCCUUUUGUUUGAGACUGAACUUACUAAGCAGAUGAAGAAAAAAAGGAGGAAUUUUCUCAGCUGAAAAUUCGCUCUGGGAGAAGUGCUCUGCACGGUAGAUGUGUCCACGUCUGUGAAGUGUGGAAUCGCUCAUUGGUUAUUUGAUGGUGUGAUCCUCACUCUUGGAAGUCCUGAACAUGUUAUCAAGUGGUUUUGGCCACUUCAGGAGCAGAAGUUUACAGGAAUGUUUGCAAUGACUGAAAGGGGCCAUGGGAGCAAUGUGGGAGCGAUCCAGACCGAGGCCACCUUUGACCGCCACAGUCAGCCCAUUGGACCCCUGGGGCCUUGGAAACUUAACACCAAAAGUGCACAGAACAGGCAAGGUGGCAGGGUGCUAAUUGCUGGACCCCACUGUUUCACAGUUCCUAUCAGGGAUGAAAAUGGGAACUUGUACCCAGGAGUGACAGCUAUUGAUAUGAUGCACAAAGAAGCUCUGAACGGUGUGGAUAAUGGGAUUCUGAUAUUUGACAAGGUUCGGAUUCCAAGAGAGAACUUGCUAGAUGAAUCUGGAGCUUUGGAGAACGUUGGCAGUGUGGAGAUAUGUCCGCUGAACUGUAAGCCAGAAGUCUUUAACCGCAGGAAAUGUAACGUGACCCAGCGUGUGGAGCCUCUUGGACUGAUGAUAGCCAUCUGCUAUAGCCACAGCCAAAGGCAGUUUGGGCCCAAGGACAAAGAAGAAGUGAAGAUCAAUCAGAUGCAGACAGUCAGCCCAAUGCCUCACCUGGCUACUACACUUGCCCUGACCUUCACGAGCAGUUGUGCAGGCUACGUCCUGGAUGAAGACAUCUUCCAGGGGAAGGCACUUUUCAAUAGACACUCGCUACAGUCACUGAUGGCCGGGCUGAAGGCCUAUGGUACUUGGGAGACUGUGAGCUGCCUAAAGGACUGUCGCGAAUGCACUGGGGACAUGCUCGUGAAAAGGGAACUGCUGGCCCAGUGCAACAAGCAGCAUAAGAAAAGCCCAGUCUUGGGUCUGAUCAAGAGCUGGACUGCAACUGCCAGUGACAAGGGGAGAACCAGCUUCCUGGCUUUUAACACUGACACAGUGGGUCAUCUUACCUUUCUGCUUAAAGCAGUGAAUUUUCGAGAAAGGCUUCUUCAGUGGAGUUUGGUGUCCAGAAUUUACUAUAAGGUGGUGAUGACCAAGAACGAAGACUUCUUCAGUGCCCUGAAUGCCUGCGUGCACCAUAUCACCUCGCUGUCUCUGGCACACAUCCAGAGGGUUGCACUAGAGCAGUUCUCACUAGCAGUGAGACACUGUCCCUACAGGGAGGACCAGGCUUUGCUAAUGAAGUUUUGUCUGCUGUAUGGAACAAAGCUGGUGGUUCAGGAGCAAAGCUGGUACUUAGAGCAUAAAUACCUGACUCCCACGGCCAGCAUGGGAAUCAGGACUCAGUUCCUGGCUUUGUGCGAGUCCGUCAAGGAUGAUGCCCGGAAGGUGAUCUCUGCCUUCAACAUUCCUCACACCAACGUCCAUGCACCAAGCGCAGGGAUCCCCAACCCCCAGGCUGCCUGGGCCUUAUAGCCGGCGCCCACGCAGCUGUUGGUGCGGGAAGGGGCACGCUCCCAGCUGGCUAAGCUGUGAGUCAGGCUGUUACCGGUGCGGCAAGAAAUGAAGAGGCCCGCCCUCCAAGUAGUGCCCAGAGCUGGAGCAGAGCCAAAGUGUCAGGUGCAGGGCUGCCACCCUUGAGGAUUUUGAUCAGGCAGAGGAGGAGGUCCGGUCAAGGCUAGCAAGACACAGGACAGGUUGUCCGGGAGAGGGAGCCCUAGGUGGAUGCUCUAGGAGCACAGUGCCUUAUCCCUGUCUGGUAACCUCGCCUGGCACUUGCCAUGACCACUCCCUCAGCCGCUGCGCUGGAUCCCCAGACAAUCAGGUGGUCUCCCUACAGCCCGAUGCCACCAAAGAUCUCUGUUAGCGGCGACUCAGAUUCCCAGUAACUUCAAAAAACUGGCGCUG